GCCAUGCCCCCGUUCAAGGGCGUGUCCCGCUUGGAACACACCUGUCUGCACCAAUUGGCCCAAGUGUGUAGCACAACGUGCACCCGUUUAGAGGAAUGGCAUCACGAGAAACGCCCGGAUGUGUCUGAACUGAGUGGGCAAUUCUCGGCGUCGAUCCGCUUGUUGCCCACGGCCUUGCUCGAGCGCAUCAUCCCCAUGGUGCUACGAGCCAUGGCCGUGGCCUUGCGACGACGACGGGCCCAUCGAGGCCUGCUCAAGGCCCUGGAAUGUUUGCCCCAAAAGGGCCUCCGGAAGUUGGAUAUCGGUGCCUUGUUUGCCGAUGUGCGGCUCUUCGGACCCGUCAAUACCCAAUGCAAGUUGCUUUUGACGCACGCCUUCCAGGCCUUGCCGCAUUUGACGCAUCUCAAUCUGGUGGGCAAAUGUACGGAUGACAUGUUGCGGGAGAUUGCCCGUCAUUGCCCGCAAUUGCUCGAGUUGAACGUGCCCGUGUCGGAUAUCACGGACCGAGGUUUGAUGGCUUUGUGCGGGGAGUCUUUGGGUUCGGAGGGAACGCCCAUGAACGGUUGCCGACAAUUGCGGAAAUUGGGUAUUUUGAAUUGCGAUCGUGUCACGACCAUGGGCGUGGCCGGGGUGCUCCGCUAUUUAAAUGAUUUGACCUCGUUGGUGUAUGACAAGAUGGCCAAUGCUGUGGAGUUGUUGGCCAAGGUCGAUUUGGAUUACAUCAACGGCUCCAAGUCCUUGGCCAUCACGCACGUGGAUCAAUUUUCCACAUUUUUCGAUUUUGACAAACGCCCGGAUACGAUUUCCAUCAUACUCCGGGCGUGUCCGCAUUUGGAGGCCUUGAAGUUCUACGUGUCGGAUGCGGGAUGCUAUCAAUUGACGGCUAUUCCCAAUAUCAAGCAUCUUCAAAUUGAAACGGAGAACCUCCAGAGUGGUUUCUCCGCUCUCAUUGCUCAGUAUUCUCAACUCUUGACCUUGGAAUUGACCUUCCGCCAGAUGAAUGUGCACCAUAUGUUGCAAAUUGCGGAGACUUGUUCCCAAUUGACGGUGCUCAAAUUGAUUGGGUUCCAAGUGGAACGCAGCGAGGUUUUGGUGGCCAAGAAAACAUAUUUCCGGCAAUUACGUGUGCUCGAUCUCAGGAUGGUGAAACAAGACGACUUGUUCGAAGAAGAGGAAGAGGACGAUGAGGACACGGUCACUCCGGCUUUGAUUCAAUUCUUUUUGAACUUCACGCUCAAUUUGGAGGAGUUGACCUUGAGCGCCGUGGCCAGCUUUUUCAAUAAGGCCUUCCUCAUGGAUAUUUUGUCUAAAAACCAUUUACCACAGAUGUGGAAACUGGUCAUAUCUGUGAGUCAAACGGAACAGUUGGACCUAGAAACGGCGAGAGCGGUGAUCUAUCAAUUGCCAAAAUUGAAAGUCAUGGGCUUGUCGCGGUGGAAUGUCCAGUCUAAUGAAAUUGAAAAGUUAUCCCGAGAAAUGAAAUCUCUCAAUUAUGAUCUCAGUUUUGUGUAACACGAAAUAGUGCCAUCAUUGAAAUUUCCAUUCAAUACAUGUGUGCCCAUUCGAUUAAGGAAAAAAAAAAUCAGUAUUUUUGUGCUAUUUGAUACGUUAUUGAACAUUGUCUUAAUGCUCAUUCCAGA